UUUCCCCUGAUCUAUCAGCCUUUUGAAACUGAGGAGGACCUGCCACCUAGCUUGUCUGAGAAGGAUUUUAUUGACAGCAACUAAUUACAACGCAUCUCUUGGUGGAAAGGAGUUAAACAUUUGUGAUGACUCUCUCCAUCUUGCUGGUUUUUCUCUCUGUCAUUCAUAGUGCUUUGCAGCUACUGGAUAAUGAAAUAUUUUUAAUAUAUAAUAAAGAUCUCAAGCGCUGUGUACAGGCUCACAGUUCUAGCUCCAUCACAACUGCCAUUUGCAACCGGGAUUCUGAGGCACAAAAAUUCAGGUGGGUCUCUGAUCACCAGCUUAUGAGUGUAGCAUUGAGGCUAUGCUUGGGAGUGCCUUCAAAGAAAGACCAGGUGAUGAUCACUCUGUAUCCCUGUAACAAGACAAGUGAACUCCAACACUGGGAAUGCAGAAAUGAAACCCUUCUUGCAAUCCAAGGAGAAGAUUUGUUUUUUAACUCUGGCAGCAGAGAAAAAGGAAAUCUUAUGCUGCAGAAGGAAUCAGGUGUGAGGAGUAAGUGGAAGAUCUAUGGAACCACAGAUGAUUUGUGCUCUCAGGACUAUGAAGAUUUGUUUACAUUGCUAGGAAAUGCCAAUGGGGCACCCUGCGUAUUCCCUUUCAAGCUGAGUGGUAAAUGGUAUGCUGAGUGUACAGAUGCUGCCAGGUCAGAUGGCUGGCUCUGGUGUGGAACAACUGCAGACUUUGACACAGACCAAUUGUAUUUUGGGCUACCCACUGGCUCGGCAGAUAAUGAAACUCACAGAUUUUGGACUACAGACCCUUUGACAGGCAUCCACUACCAGAUAAACUUCCAAUCAGCUCUUACAUGGCACCAAGCACGGAAAAGCUGUCAGCAACAGAAUGCAGAAUUAUUAAGUAUCACAGAGAUACAUGAGCAAAUGUAUCUGAGAGAUUUGAUUGAUAGGAUGAGAUCGGCUCUCUGGAUUGGGCUUAACAGUCUGAAUUUCAACUAUGGAUGGCAGUGGAGUGGUGGCAGUCCUUUCAGAUAUUUAAACUGGGCUCUAGGAAACCCUUCUCUGGAACCUGAGAAAAUGUGUUCAGUACUAAAUCCUAGAGGAGGUGCUAAAUCGGAAAACCGUGAAUGUGAUCAGAAAAUUGGCUAUAUUUGUAAAAGGAAAAACUCCACUUUGGAUUCUUUCUCUCUUCCCUCAGAGUUCUCUGCAUCUAGUAAAUGCCCAGACGGCUGGUUGCCAUACACAGGUCACUGUUACAUGAUUCACAGAGAGCCCAAAAUGUGGAAAGAAGCCUUGAUUUCCUGUACAAAGGAGGAUGGUGAUCUGGCCAGUAUCCACAACAUUGAAGAGCACAGCUUUAUAGUGUCUCAACUUGGGUACAAGCCAACUGAUGAGCUGUGGAUUGGUUUGAAUGACCUCGGAAUUCAAAUGUAUUUUGAAUGGAGUGAUAAGAUGCCUGUGACAUACACAAAGUGGCUCCGUGGAGAACCAACCCAUGCAAACAGCAGACAAGAAGACUGUGUUGUUAUGAAAGGACAGGAUGGAUACUGGGCAGACAAUGUUUGUGAUAAGAAAUUUGGAUACAUUUGCAAAAAGAAUCCAUUGCAAGACACUCCUGGAACAGUGGAGUACAUUGAUAAUGGCUGCCUGAAGGGCUGGGAAAGACAUGGUUUUUACUGUUACUUGAUUGGACAUACAUUUGUAACAUUUUCAGAGGCAAAGAAAACUUGUGAAAGGAGUAAAGGUUAUCUAACAACUGUUGAAGACAGAUGUGAGCAAGCCUAUCUAACUAGUCUGAUUGGGCUGAGGCCUGAAAAAUAUUUUUGGAUCGGUCUUUCAGAUGUAGAGAAACAUGGGACUUUCAAGUGGACCAAUGGUGAAGCAGUUCUGUUCACUCACUGGAAUUCAGCAAUGCCUGGAAGAAAGCCAGGGUGUGUAGCAAUGAGAACUGGAAGUGCAGCUGGAUUAUGGCAUGUUCAGGACUGUGAAGAAAAGGCAAAAUUUCUCUGCAAACAACAAGCUGAAGCAAUGACCUUUCAUCCUCCUGUUCCAGAAAAAAAUUCUUACUCCAAAUGCCCCAUGGGUUGGGAUUCAAACAAUAACAUCAGUUCAUGCUUCAAACCUUUUGUGAGAGAAGGAAACCAAAAGAAAUCAUGGCUUGAAGCUCGAGAUUUUUGUAGAGAGAUAGGAGGAGAUCUGGCUGCCAUCAAUAGUAAAGAAGAACAACAAGUGAUACAGCAUUCAAUAGUGGACAAAGGACUGUCUUUUCGGCCUUUCUGGAUUGGUUUAUUUUGCCUGGAUCCUGAUGAGGGCUUUUUUUGGAGUGAUGGCUCUCCAAUGAGGUAUAAAAACUGGUAUAAUUCUGAACCUAGUAAUGAGCAUGGAAUUGAACAUUGUGGAACAGUCAAUGAAGUGUUUUCCAUGGACUGGAUUAACAUACACUGUGAACAUUUUAACGAUUGGAUUUGUCAAAUAGAGAAAGGUUUGUGGAAUGAUAUCAAUUGUGGUAUUCCAAAUGCCUUUAUCUGUGAAAGGCAUGGUAGUACUGUAAACUCAGCAUUUGCUGUGACAGCACCUUCUCCUCCAGGAGGGUGUCCUGAAAGUUGGCUUUUGUUUAGAAAUAAGUGUUACAAAGUUUUUGGCUCCAGAGAUGAAGAUAGAGUUAUGUGGAUUCCUGCACGUAGAACUUGUGUAAAGUUUGGAGGAAACCUGGCUAGCAUACCUAAUGAACAAGUGCAAGCUUUCCUUACUUACCACUUAAAAGAUGCCAAAACUGAUGCCUGGAUUGGAUUGAAUGAUAUAAAUUCUGAGCUCCACUUUGUUUGGGCAGAUGGAAGUGGUGUCUACUACACCAACUGGAUUGCAGGUUCACCUGUAGUUGGAGAAAUCAUCCUAUAUGAUUCUCUGCAGCCAGAGACUGGCAACAAUCUGCAUCAGCUGGAUUGUGUUGUUGUGAAAACAGGUCCUGUUGAUAAGAUAGGGCAAUGGAAGGAUGAAUCGUGUUAUGAAGCCAGAGGAUUUAUAUGCCAGAUGGACAGUGACCCUAAACUGUCUCAUUCCCCAACAACAAUUCCAGCCUCUGACUUUACCCGUUGUGGUGAUAGUGGCUAUUUAGUCAUCCGUUCCAAAAUGAAAUGGGAAGAGGCACGAAAAAACUGCCAGGAGAAAUCCUCAGAACUUGCCAGUAUUUUAGAUCCCUACAGCCAGUCAUUUCUGUGGCUCCAGGUGUUAGAAUAUGGGGAGCCUGUAUGGAUUGCUCUUAACAGCAAUGUGACCAAUGGCAAUUACAAAUGGAUGGAUAAAUGGAGAAUGUGGUAUUCUAAGUGGGCCAGUGACGAGCCAAAGCAGACAAUAGCUUGUGUCUAUCUAGACCUUGAUGGAACCUGGAAAACAGCAUCUUGUGAUCAAAAAUUCUUCUCUGUCUGUAAACAGUCUGAUGUUAUGGCCCCUACUGAUUCUCCACAACUCUUUGGAAGAUGCCCUGAAUCAGAGGAACACAGAUCUUGGGUUCAUUACCGCAGUCAUUGCUACUACAUCGAGUCCUCGUAUACAAGAAACUGGGCCCAGGCUUCCCGAGAAUGCACUCGAUUAGAUGCCACUUUGGCUUCUAUAGAAGACCAUGCUGAAUCCAUCUUUCUGUCACAUAGCAUAAAGCCACUUGAAAGUAAAAUAAGCAGCUUUUGGACAGGAAUGAGCAAAAAUGUGAAUGGUCAAUGGUUAUGGAGAGACAACACUGCAGUGGAUUUUGUCAACUGGAAUGAGGGAGAGCCUUCAAGUUAUGAUAAUGAGAAGUGUGUUGAAAUGUAUGCAUCAUCUGGGUACUGGAAUGAUGCUCAAUGUUCUUACAAAAGAGGAUAUAUUUGUAAAAAAUCAGAAAGUAUUAAAACAGUAUUGACUGAGAAGCCACCAGAGAGGAAAGGAGAGGAAAAGGAUGAAGAGGUUUCUGAAUCCUCCACCAAGGUCACUUGGCUUGUAAUUAUUCUGGUCAUUUUGAUUCUAGCAGGAUCUGGAUGUGUAGCCUAUUUCUAUGUCAAGAAAAAAAACCAAGAUCACUUCUUACCUAUUGUAACUCGAAUGAGUGAUACAAAAGAAUCUGUCGAUAACCAGGAGCAAGAUGAGCUUGCUGUUGCCUAAUGGGAUAAAAUGAUUGAAUAAUAUGUCUAAUAUUAAUAAAAUUAUGCAAUUGGAAUAAAUGAAAUCUUAGGCCAACAUUGCUUUCUCUUACCAAAAUACUAAUCUGUUUCACAAUCCCUGCAUAUAUGUAUACUUAACAUAAAUAAAAUAUACUGGUAGACAUGAUUAUUCCUUUUAUAGUCU